UGUUAAAUUUUCAUCAUGACAUUAUGGAAAAUAAUGAACUUUACCACAAUAUGCUAAUAUUUUGAGAAGGACCUGUAUACUUUAUGCUAUACCAUUUGUUCCAAUGUAACUAACUUUGAAUGUGUAGCACCUGUUUUUCUCAUAAAUUACAUUAUUAAACGUAUAAUUUACAGACCUUGACGAUACUUCACUAUUCUGAUCAAGGCUGUUGAAAAGGCUUUCUUGAGGCAACAUUAGAUUGAACAUUAUCUUUUAUUUGGAUUGCAUGGUAGAACAGUGAUUAGCACUGUGCCCUUGCAGCAAGAAGGUCCUAGGUUCCAACCGCCCAAUGCCUUUUCUGCUUGGAGGCUGCAUGUUCUCCGCAUGCAGGCUUGGGUUCUCCAGCUUCCUCCCACAAUGUCAAAACAUGACUUGUAGGUUAAUUGGCCUGAGUGUGUGAGUGGUUGUUUGUUCUGUAUUUUUCUGUUACCUUAUGAUGGACUGGCGACCUGUCCAGGGUGGACCCACCCCUCACCCAAUAACUGCUGGAAUGUUCCUGAGGCAUGCAUUGAUGGAUGAUGGCGAAUAGAUAACCUCAAUGUUUUCACAUUUCUUCAAUCUACAAGACCCCAACUUCACUUUUUUGUCGUCUCAAAGCUGAAUCGUUUUACAGCUCAUUGGCCAAACUCUUCAGGAUUUCAUGGGUUGCAGGAAUUCCACAGAAAUAUCAUGCAAAUGUGUUAUAAAUUAGCCAGCUGUCCUCUUGAUACACUCCUGACAAAUACAAAUAAAAUGAAGUGAAAACCAUGUGAGCAGAAAUAUUAUCCCUGUCUAUGUAAUAUUAAAACCUUAGGUUGCUGGACAUUCUUUCUGUUGCCAUCAGAAGUUCCCUACCAUCAUUCAUUUUUUGUGGUCUUUAGGCCAUGGUUCGCAAGAAAAAUUCUUUUAUAUUAUGUGGCGCUUUCUUGUUUGUUGCCUGGAAUGCUUUGCUUCUGCUUUAUCUUUGGGGUCGACCGCCCAUUAGCCAUCUUGGAGAUGGUGGAGGGGCUGAACCAGGGAGAAAUGAUGAGUGGGGUGCAGGCAGGGGUAAAAUUGGUCAAGUCAACCUUGCUGAAGAGAUGAUUCGACUAGCAGAAGAGGUUGAAGUUCAUCUUGAUACUCAGAAAAAGCUACUAAAGCAGAUUGAAAGUCACAGAGCAGUGUGGGCACGGCAGAAGGAUGUUGGGAAAAGGGAAACCGCUUCUAAUAUAAAAGCAGAGGUUCAGCAGCAGCCUCAGAAAACUCCAGAACCUCUCAGAAACAGCAUGGAUGUUAGGGACCAAACCUAUAUACAAAGGCCUGUUAAUUACGUAGCUCCAAGCUUACAUCCAGAACAGGCUAUUGAGAAAAUCAGAAACACUAAAGUGACGACUCCUUUUUCUAGCCCAGAAUUCAUCAUUCCCAUCCUGGUUAUUGCUUGUGACAGAGUCACAGUGAAGCGGAACCUUGACAGACUCAUACAGUACCGCCCUUCUGCAGAACUAUAUCCAAUCAUUGUUAGCCAAGACUGUGGCCAUGCUGAGACCGCUCGUGUGAUUGGUUCAUAUGGAGAGCAAGUGACACAUAUAAAACAACCAGAACUGUCUGACAUCAAAGUCAGGCCAGAGCACAGGAAGUUCCAGGGCUACUACAAAAUCUCCAGACAUUAUCGAUGGGCAUUAAACCAAGUGUUCAACGUGUUCUCCCACUCUACAGUGGUCAUAGUGGAGGAUGACUUGGAGGUGGCACCAGACUUCUUUGAGUAUUUCCGAGCCCUGUAUCCCAUCUUGUGCUCUGACCCUACCCUAUGGUGUGUUUCUGCUUGGAACGAUAAUGGCAGGGAUGCUUUGAUUGAUCCUUCCAAAGCUGAGCUCCUUUACAGAACAGACUUCUUUCCUGGCCUGGGCUGGAUGCUGCUGAAGGAGCUGUGGGACGAACUGGAACCAAAAUGGCCUUCAGCCUUCUGGGAUGACUGGAUGCGUCAACCUGAACAGCGCAAAAACCGCUCCUGUAUAAGACCCGAAAUCUCCCGGACUAUUACCUUUGGCAGGAAAGGUGUCAGUUUAGGCCAAUUCUUUGACCAAUACCUUCGUUAUAUUAGGCUAAACACUGAGUUUGUGCCUUUCACCAAACAGGAUUUGUCAUUUUUGCUAAAGGAUAAGUAUGAUGAAAUCUUUAUUCAAGAGGUUUAUAGCUCCACAUCAGUGAAGAUUGAAGACCUUCAGCACGGGGGUAAUUUAAAAGGACCUGGACCAUACAGGGUGCAGUACUCCAGCAGAGACAGUUUUAAAGUAUUUGCUCGAAAUUUGGGAGUGAUGGAUGACUUAAAAUCUGGAGUUCCUCGCACAGGUUACAGGGGCGUAGUCAGCUUCCUGCAUCGUGGCCGAAGGGUCUUCUUGGCUCCACCAGAGGGCUGGACGCAGUAUGACAUAAGCUGGAGCUGAGAGUUGUUCAGAGUACACAGUAAUUGGUGUAAGACUCACGCCCUCUCAGACCAAAGAAUAUAUGACACACUGAGGGUAACGACACAGAUGAGAAACACAGAUGAGACCUCUCAUCAAUGGAAAAAUAAGAUUGCACAGUUCUUAACAUCAAGGACAACCACACAGAUCUGACAAAUAGGUAAAACCUUUAGGGGAAAAUACCUAAGACACCAUCUUAAAACACUUAGUGGCGAUGUGCCUUGCUUUCUGGACUCAAAUGAGAACUUUAACAGAACAUGCAGAUAUUUCCAGCAGAUGUAGGUGGAAGGAGGAAGUCAAUGAAAAUAAACUCUUGAAGUGAGAAGAGACACAAGAAGUAAAGUCAAAGGUAAAUAUUUGGAAAAUAAAAAGUUAAAUCUGAAA